AUGUCAUCAACACAAUUUCCUACUUUAACAUUAGAAGAAUUUAAAACUGCCAUUCAAGAUAUAUCACAAUUUGAAUUAGAAUCCAAAAAAAAUCAACAAAAACAUUUCAUUUUCAAAUUAAUUGAUACCAAUAAUGAAUUAUGGCAAGAAAUAAAUAAUAUAAAACAAUUACAAGAUCUGUCAUCGUUUGAAAAUAAAGAGAAUUUAAUAUUAUAUCAAGAAACUUUAUGGGAAAAUAAACAUAGUUUAUUAGAACAAAUAGCUCGAAUUGAAAGUAUUAAUGAUGAAUUGAUUCGUCGAAAUCUUAUUAGUGAACAAGAUAAAUUACAAGAAGAAACUAAAUUAAUGGAAGAAAUAAAUAAAAAAGAUAUUGAAAAUGAAACCCAACAAAAAGAUGGAACCGAAGGAAAAGAAGAAGAGGAAAAGGCUAAUGGCGAAGGUGAAGAUGAAGGCGAAGGUGAAGGCAAAGGCGAAGGCGAAGGAGUGUAUUUAUGA